CAAUCAAUGGUCAUGUAAUUGCAAUCUGCAAUGUUACCGGACAGGGGAACCGACACUCGAGCCAGUCGCUGCAAAAGCUCGAGCCAAACUUCAUGAACACGUUUCGCUCUUCCGGGUCUUCUUCACUUUACUAAAAUACUCACUCCCAUUCAUUCUCUAUCCCUCUCUCUCUUCUCUCCUCUCUCUCUCUCUCUCUCUCUCUGCUACGAGCAAUCGCGUCAUUGAUGAUGUCCCUCUCUUCCGGUUCCGCUUUCAUGGGAGAAUCCAGGAUCUACGAGUCGACGUCGUUGUCACUUCCGCCGGGCUGCCGGUUCUACCCCUCCGGGGAACAGCUCGUUACCUUCUACCUCACCCACAAGAACAACGACGAUCGCCGAUUCCCUUUCGAUGUGAUCACCGACCUCGAUCUCUACAGUUACGACCCCUUCGACUUGCCGGAAGCCGCCAGCUUCCGGUUCGGCCGGGGAGGAAUGCGCCGGCACUGGUACUGCUACACGGCGCCUGUUUCUAGGGUUUCUGGUGGCAAGGAAAGGAAGCGGAGGGCCGGCGGUGGCUACUGGCGGAGUGCCGGCAAGAUCAGGGAAGUGUUUGCCGGCGGCGCCGAAGCCGGGAAAUUCGUGGUGGGGACGAGGAAGAGCUUCGUGUUUUAUUUGGAUGAAUCACCGGGCGCUGCCGUGAGGACCAACUUGGCUAUGUACGAGUAUGCCCUAAUUGGUCACCAUAAGGCUUCUUUUGUACUCUGCCGAGUAUUUCUCCGAUCUUGCUGCCGUAAUCGUCUGGUUUCAGAAAGUGUUGCGUCAGUACGCGAUGUUGGCAUUCAGCGCGAAGCAACCGUCCUAUCCGACAUUAAUGAGGAAAUCAUCCAUGAUGAUCGGACCACCGGUAUUCCGGCCCCGGUGAGCAUGCAACCUAACGAACCGGUCGCAGCACCUGGGCUCGAAGAGGAUGACUUUAUCGAGUUGGAUGAUCUUUCCAGCCCGCUUUCGGGCAUUGAAACAGUUAAUUAAAACUUGCAAAGACGGAGACUUCUUGUCUCAGGAGUCCGGAAGACAAAUCCUUCUUCUAACUUCAGAAGUUUGAAUACAAUAGAAACAACCAACUUAGGAAAUUCUCUUUCUUGUAGAAUUUCCACCUCAGUUGGGAAUGAAGACAUUUUUGUACAAAUGGACCAGUGUCAUAGUUAGCUAGUUUCCCUUCUGAUUCAGAAGUCAUCGUAGAAUUGACAAGUUGCUGUUAUUAUAGUGAGGACAUUGUUAAAGAAGUGACAAAUGUUUACAGAACUUUUAGUGAUAAGGAAAAAGAGUUUUUACAACUUCGUAGACAAUUGAUACAUCAUCAACCCCCCGAUUCCAAGACAAUGACCAGAGAUGCAAAGAGUUAAAAGUGGCCAUGACAUGGAGGAGAAGUUGCUGCUGAAGAGAAGCUAAGAAUUUUCCUGAUUGGGGCAGGGACAAUAAUGCAGAAGCUAGAGAUCCGUUGUUGAACUUUGCCAAGGAGUAGGACAAUAAUUUGUCGCGCAUCAUCAAGAUGCUCUCUCACCUUCAAGAGGAGGCAUCAGGUUUUACAAAUACCAAAGACUUAGGACAAACUACAAACUCUUGUUUAUUUCCAAAAUCUCCUGUAAUUAAUUUUCCAGACCACGCAAUUAUCCUCUGCUGUUCUGUUAAUUGUUAAUUGUACUGUCACAAAGUCUGCUUGUGUUAAGGACAGAGGUUAUAAUGGUUUAGCUCAAAGUUGUGCGAAUUUCUUGAA